UUCCCAUCACCCUCAGUUUCACAGAUCCGUCAUACAUUGGCAGUCCAGCUCGCCCCGCAGUUUGUGCCCUUGACUCGCUCGCAAAAUCGACCCGCUUCCAUCAAACGUCCGUGCCAGCAGCCCUACCAGUCAUACUAACCCACUAUAGAUCAUGUCUGUAACUCUCCCAUUCUCUCUACACAAUUCGACUUCUUCGUUGUCGCGGAGCUCGACCUUUGAGAGUGUGAAGUCCGCCGUUGAGCAGGUUCAUCAGCUGUGCGGCCGUCUUUCCCGAAGCAACACUACUUGUACCGCGCACCAGGGCGAGGAAGAUACACGUGCUCAUCAAACAUCCACCACCACCAUGCCACCGAAAUCAACGCCCACCAACAGUAGCCAGGCUCGCGCUGGACAGCAAUCUUCCCUCAGCAGCACUCAGAUCCCCGGCAACCGGCAAUCCUCCCCAAACAAAAAGACCCCCAUCAGCCAGCCCACCACAAAAGACGGACAGCCUUCCGGUGCAAGCACAAUGCAACAACCCCAAAUCGACGCAAGCACGGCUACACCAACUCCUACGCCCAGCGAUGACACAGUCGCCGAAUCUGAGUCCACGGACCCCAAGGAAAAAGAGGAAAAGGAAUCAAAACCCUGCAUACUAUGCCGACAGCUCCCAGACUGCCCCCACUGCCACAAGCGCAUCAUCGAAGAGAAGCCCAAACCCACCGACGGCAAUAGCACAAUCGACGGCCCAGUCGCAGACAUUUACAACCAACUUGGCCCAGAACCCACCGACAUCGGAGAACCCCACAGGGAAUUCCGCGAGAACAACCCACCCGACGCCUUCAUCAAGCAGAAAUUCACAAUCUUCACCGCCGGCAGCAUCGAAAUGGGUCGCGCUAUCCUCUGGCAAAAACGCAUAGUCAAACUACUUCAACAUCUCCCCGUGGGCGUGUAUAACCCUCGUCGCGGCGCUUGGAAGACAGCCGGCUCGAAAGAAGAAGUUGACAAGAAGGUCAGGGUGCAGGUUGAAUGGGAAAUGUCCGCCAUGGAGGAAGCCAGCGUCAUCUGUUUCUUCUUCGACCACAAUACCACUAGCCCCGUCACAAUGUGCGAGCUCGGCUUGUGGGCCCAGAGUAAGAAGAUUGUGGUCUGCUGCCAUCCCAACUAUUGGAGGUCGACUAAUGUGAGGCUUGUUUGUGAGCGUCAUCAUGUGCCAUUUGUGGAGUCGUUUGAUGAGCUGCAUCCAUUGGUCUUGGCCAUGUUGAAGCAGAAGGGGAUGAUGGUUGAUAAGAAGGGAGAUUUGACGGAGAACCCUGCAGAGGAGGAUCCUACGAAGUUGAGGCCGGUGCAGAUGCUAUUGACUGGGGAUCAUAUCACGGAGGAGCAUCUCAAAACGCCUGAGGAACUUGCGAAGAGUCAGCCGGCCAAGUCUGCGGGCUCAUAG